AUGCCCCCGAGACGUAGACGUGGUCCGCGUGUGGAGAACAAUGUGGGGGAGCAGACAGAAGGAAGUGUCGGCAAUCCACCCCCGCCUCCACCACCACCUCUACCCCAACCAAACGAAAUGGAGUAUAUCAAAGCCUUUCGCAAAGAGAACCCACCCAAAUUCGACGGGUUGGGAGAGCCCCCGAAGGCGGAGGCAUGGGUGCGCGAUAUUGAGCGUAUCUUUGAGUUCAUGGGACGCACGGACAGAGAACGUCUGGCCUGCGUGACUUAUCACCUGACAGGACCUGCUGACUUUUGGUGGGAAACAAAGAAGAGAACCAUGGACCCCGCUCGCCGUGAGGCGCUUACUUGGGAGGAUUUUAAGGAAGAGGUGUACAACAAGUAUGUUCCGGAAAGUUAUCGGCGGGCGAAGGUAGUGGAGUUCCACACGUUGAAGCAAGGAAGUAUGACGGUCACAGAGUACGACCGCGCCCUAUGUGAGAUGACUCGUUAUGCGCCAGAAUUGGUGGAUACAGACGAGAAGAUGGCUGCGAAGUUCCGUUCUGGCCUUAGGACAGAGAUAAGGGUCGCAGUGGCUAGUCGGAGGGGAAUUCCUUAUUCCGAGAAUCAUGGGCGCCAAAUUGUGCCACAGCAGAGGGGAAACCCACAGAGAACACCCUACUGUAAUCGGUGCUCCAAGCAUCAUGUUGGGGAGUGCCGAGUUGGAGGCAUUCAGUGUUAUGCCUGA